GCUGCAGACCUCUGGGCAGCAUCCCACCCUCUGGCUGAGGUGUCCAGGCUCAAAACCAGCUCCAGCUCUGUCUUUUCUACCAUGAGUCUCAGAUUCAAGACCACCUCCUGCUCUAACCCCAGCCUGCAUCGUGUCCUAGGGGGAUUGCUGCUGCUGUCAUUGCUCCUGACUGUGAUGGCUCCCUCUACCAAUGGACAACCUGAAAGUAUAGAGCCGUUAAUUGAACUGCGUUGCCUGUGUGUGAAGACCGUCUCUGGAAUCCAUCCCAGCAAGAUCUCCACUUUGGAGGUGAUCAAGGCAGGAUCCCACUGUUCCAAAGUCCAAGUGAUAGCCACGCUGAAAGAGGGGCAGAAAGUCUGCCUGAACCCAGACGCUCCAGGAGUCAAGAAAAUGAUACAGAAAACAUUGGAAGGUUAGAGAUUAGCUGAUUGCUCUGCUUAUUUCCUGCCAGAAUUUUUCUACCUGCGUGGAAGGGCAGGAUUUUGAAGACUUAAAUUUCUGCAGUUCUUCUUUAUCCAGGACACUUAUUCUUACUGUAUGAAAAUUGGGAUAAAUUUGACUGUGUUUAAAAAAAAUCACAUUAUAUUCUGAGAGGCCUGGUUAAGGGCUGAAAGAAGAUGGAAUUAAGCAAGCCCAGUAACAAUUGUGCUGUUCUUUGCAUUUUCUUUUUUUUUGAAACAGGGUCUCACCAUGUAGUUCAGGCUGGCCUUGAGUUC